AUGAUGACAAUGGAUAGCUUAUCGAACAUUUCGGCCGAAUUUGAGAAAAUUGAUAUGGAUCGUAAUGGUUACAUUACCAGACAGGAGUUGCAGAAUUAUGUUGACAAAAAUCACAUGGAUCCGGACACGGUAGACGUAAGUAGAUGUUCCAUUUUAUGUACAAAAGAGGCUCCCUUCCUCCACUCAGACGCCAAGAACCCCCUGUCAAUCCCCUGAUUUUUGUGUUUCUUAUCGUGAACAGAUCGAAAAAAACAAAAUGUGAACUCAUGGGUGAUAAUGCAUGUUGAACCCGAAAGCAGCAGGCGUUGGGAAGUAUGUUGUGAUCUUCAUAUUUGUUUUGAUCACGAAUAGUAUAUGGGGUUAUUAAGAAGAUUUAUCAAACCGAAAUUAAAGAGUUUCAAUCAUUAUGCAUCCUCCUAACUAGCUCUUCCAGUGACAACGUAAGCUUUGUGCAAAGAUUGACUGAACAAGCAACAAAUUUCAAAGAGGCAAUCUACUGCCUGGUAAAGAGAGGGCUGGUUAAGGUUUUCGAGCCGUAGGACAGGAAAAACGUUAGCCAACUUUUAACGUGAUCCAGAUAUGCAGGGGAAGUUAAUAAAAUUACAACUGCGCUUGUCAGAGUUAUUGCCAAACUGAGUAGUUCAGGAAAGUUCUUGCAGGACUUGCAGAGGGUAGUCCUGAGAUUGAUAAAUCUUGUUGUUUACGAUAAAUAAACUAUCUUUUUGCUCUAACCAGAAGGGAGGAUGCACGUCUGCAGUGUAUGGUGGUCAGGAAAUUUCCAUGUCCUCCCACUGCACAAACGGCAUCAAUGCUUUCUGCACUUUCAACAGGAAUGCGAAAACUAAUAGGACACAUAUUCAUCGACCGUAAACAAAGAAAUAGAAAUCCCUUGUCCUUAAACGACAUGCUCAGGAAGUGUUGCUUUUACGAAGAGCUUUUGAAUUGCAGACAGGCAGAGUUACGGCCACAUCGCCGUCAGUGACGGUUAUCCCAAAUCAGGUGACCACAAUCAGCUAUGCACCCAAAACACACACGUUCAGCUAAAGUCCUCCUACUUAAACAUUAUGGACAAUUCCAGUAGUCGAUCUUCCAAGGAAUAAACCACGUUCACGAGCACUUUAUCCUUCCGAAAAUGUGAGGCUAACUGACAAAUGGUGUAUCAGUUUACAAACCAGGUUCAAGAAACCCAGUAUCAGAAGUUUAGGCGUGUAGAGCUAAAUUAAAAGCAUCGAGUCCCUCUCAGACCACAGAUAUGCCUAAAUCAAACUUGUCUUUUUCACUUCUCCAUCCCAACAGAAAUGGUUUCGUUGGUUUGACAUGGGAAAUACGGGCAUCAUUACGAUGGAAGAGAUCUGUACCACCCUUGGUAUCAGCAUGCGAAAGCAAUACACGUGAGCAAGAAGUUUCUCUUACAGUACCAUUAUAUUCAUUUCUGAUUAUGCAUUUUUUGUGAGUUUAUGCACCUGAUGCGUUCAGACAGCCAAAAGUUGAACUAUCAUAAUUCUGACUUCUUGAAAGAUUAGCAGUCAGUAGACAGAUUACGCGUGCGCAGGACCAAAUAACUUUUGCGCAAGACAGGGUCGAAGUGCAUGGGCAACGCAAACCCCUGACUGCUGGAGACGUCAUGCAGAAAACGCGAUCUCCACGAAAACGUAUAUAGACGUACCCCUAAAGCGCUUGCUGCGUUUGAGGAUGAUGGCUAUACAAGCUCCACAACCUUAAAUGAAGACUACGAUUAGUGGCCUUUCUCACGAAAUGUUAACCGGAAUUCGGAGUUGUGAUUUCGGUUGGAAGGUAUUUCGUAGACCAGUUUGCAGCAUUAAGCAUCACGCAGCUGAGACGCCUGAGAUCUGCCAGUCAGAUCAGGAUGCCGACUUUUGAAUGCACGCCUUUCUGGCCAAGUAGCAAUAAUCCUUGUUACAAACUGACUACGUAAACAGCACAAAUGUUUCCACUGAUUUUCUUUGGCUUCCUAAAUCCAAACAUAUUCAAUAUAGAGCAUGCACAAAAGAAAAUCGUCCUCCAUUAAUUUUUUUUGUAAAUUGAAUCUUCAUGUUUCUUUUCUUGAAAAAAUGAUAUCUUUCAGUUCGAAAUAAUUCUAAGGUAAAAGAGGGAACAGGUGCCUCCCAUAGUACAGGCGGCCCUGUGCUAACUUCCGAGGGAUUGAGUUUUAAGACAAAGUUGGGCUUAAGUUUAGGGUCAGGACUAAGGUUAGGGCUAGCGCCAGUGCUAAGGUUAGGACACGGAGAUAAAUACCCCCUGAAAUUGAUAUAAAAACAACCUGUUAUUUGGGGGUUACUUAUGCCUGGGCUUUGCCAUUUAUAAUCGUAAGCUUACUUUAGACUGUUAAAUGUCCACUUAAAUAGCUUGUAAUCGUCCUGUUAGUAAUGCUCCUUGUGAAAUAUGCAACGCGAUCUCUUUCCAUGGCAACAUUCGAUGAGCCAUGCAUGCUCCUUCAUUAAUAACGUAGACAUAUGCAUGAUGUUCCUUAAAUAAAAAAAUGUGUAGCUUCUAGUUUUGGAACUCCAUAUGAAAGUGAGACGGCGGUUCGGGGUCAAAAUUAUUCGAGAAUUGAAUAAGCUUUCCAGAAAUAAAAGACAGAAUUUUCUGGGGUAGGAAAUUUCAGAAAAAUCUAAUUCACCAAAAAUGAGUAUAAGAAAGAAUACUUAUAUGUGCAUCCCUUUUAUGAAAUAUAUUUGGAUUUAUUGGGACGUCUAACAUUGAUGAACAAAAGCAAACUGCUUAAGUACUCAUUUAUGGCGGACAUGAUAGUUGCAAGAGACUGAGAAGUACAUUUAAAGAGCGGCAUCCUGGCACCAGCGAAAAAUCUUUGGGAUUAUGCAGUAUUGCACUCAACAAUAUUACGACCCUGCCUAAGUAAUUAUUCUUAGGCUAAACCACAUUUCGGAAGUUUUGUAAACGUUUCCUGAGAUACGUCGCCAAGCUUUCAGUUAGUAUCACUGAACCGCCAAAAGUAAAUGUUCUGAUUAAUUUAAUACGAUCAUACUGGUUUUAUGCCGUUGUAAAGUAACGAAAACUCUCCUAAGCGCAAACCUUUUAGGUAUAUCAAAUUAUUUCCAACUUACCGAGUUUGUCUAAGCAGUGGUUAUGCGCAGAAAAGCAAGAUUGCUCAAGAGGCUGAAUCACUCUACAUGUAAGGUAUGAAGGUUGUCAAAUUGUAUUCCAUGGAAUCGUACUGGGUCAUAGCAGGUUAUUAAUCAGUGCGGAGAAAAUCAUAACUCCUUGAAAUUGAGAAGAGAGGCCCUGUGCAUUUAAUGUCCGCUCAAUAUAGUUGCUGCAUGCGCGCUCGAAAACAUCAGUAUACGCAUUCCUUGCGCUGCAUAAAUAUCUGCCUUUUUCUCUCUCUCUACAGACAACAAGUGGAAGAAAAGAGGAGAAUGAGUGCAGUGCCGAAGCCUACCGUGCAGCAGGUCCAGCGUACUGCCCCUCCGGUAGUGUUGGCGCCUGUGCCGGAAAAGAAGCGAGGUCUCAUGGAUGGCGUCGACAUUCUCCAUCGGGGACAGGUACAACCGGGUGUCCUAGAGGAAUGCAUCCGCAUCGUAAAGUCUUAUCCUCGUAAAUUUGAGCUGGAACAAGAUAUGGCCAAGUACCUCAAAGAACAGUUGGAACUGAAGUACAAACGGCACUGGCAGGUGGUUGUCGCCAGCUCCACCAUUGGCUGUAUGGUCGGACACGAGGUGGAUUUGUUCAUGCAUUUCCGCUACGAAGCCUACCUCUAUAUAGUCUUUCGCACUCCAGACUACUCUACGCUGUAA